CGUUAAGAUAGGGUUGACACUCUGCAGCUGCUUUCCUACGAAUUGUUUGUGCUCUGAGGAGACGUUUCUCUUCCACGAAGUAUUAAACAUAUAACGUAUAACUUGCAAAAUGGCAUGGUUAUGUAGUCGUACUAUUUUUCAGACAUGUCGACGACAAUUUUACCGCGAUGCUGUGAGAUAUACAAAAGAGAAGGAAAAGACUUUUCCCGAUCCGCUAGAACUAGCCACGGGUUUGGAAAAACGUGAGUUACUUGCUGCUGCCGCUGGCGAUUUUGAUCCAUAUCACAUGAAGGCCAUAGAAAUAUUACGUGAUAGCACAAAGGAGAAUCCAAAUUUAGUACCAAGUGCAUUCAAAAGUCGUGUUGUUGGUUGCCUUUGCGAAGAAGAUACUGCACACGUGAAUUGGAUGUGGUUGCAUGAAGGUCAGCCACGCCGCUGUGAAUGUGGUCAUUGGUUUAAACUGACUGAAGUUGCUCCUUUAGGAUAAGAUUUUAAUUUAAUGUCAUUUCUUGUUAUUAGUCAUUUGUUUAAAAUAUAGAAUUAAUAUCAUAUACUAAA